GAUGCAAUGUUAACGUGUCUUCCAAAGCUAAGGACUGUCAAUCUGUCUCGAAAUGAACUUACUGGUUUCCCACAAGGAGGCCCCCAACAGUUUGCUGCAGCUGUGACUAUCAACAUGGAGCACAAUCGAAUAAACAAGAUCCCUAUUGGUAUCUUUUCACGUGCCACCAGUCUUACGAAAUUGAACUUGAAGGAAAACGAAUUGUUGUCAUUACCCUUAGAUAUGGGAAGCUGGACGUCUAUAACGGAGCUAAAUCUCUCAACAAACCAAUUGAAAGUACUACCUGAAGACAUUGAAAAACUCGUAAAUCUCGAGAUCCUUGUUCUGUCAAAUAACCAACUCAAGAAAAUGCCAGCGCAAAUAGGCAAUCUGAAAAAGUUGCGAGAACUUGAUUUGGAGGAGAACGACCUCGAAACAAUCCCAAGCGAAAUCGGAUUUCUUUUGCAACUGACCAAACUUUGGGUACAAUCAAACAAACUUGUAAGCUUACCCAGGACUAUUGGGAAUCUCGCAAGCCUUCAAGAUUUGCGAGUAGGCGAAAACUCGUUAUCUUCUCUACCAGAGGAAAUUGGUGAGUCACAAUCGAUACUGCAACUCCUACAAGAUAGCUCCCUCUUUUCAGGUCAUCUGGACAAU